AUGCCAAUCGGACACCUAGGCAGAGCUGCCCCCGUCGCGCUCGGCGAGAUUCAGCGCAACCACCAGGACCAUGGCCCCCGCUCGCCUGUCAAGUCCAAAGACGAUGACCGAGGCCGGUCCAAGUCCCCGACCAAGUCUGCGUUCCCGACCCUCAAGUCCAUGGGUGAUAGAUGGGGCGCCGGCCGGGCUGCGGCCUCGCGCGAAGCCUCCCCCACGAAACCACCAAAGUCCAAAAAGUCCUCCACAAACCUCGCUGGUCUGCUGUCACGGCCCAAGUCCUUUAUCAACCUGCAGAGACCCAGAACGGACAGCAGUCGGCAUCCGUCCACAAGCGAUAAGGAGAACCAAGGCCCGGAAUCGCCCGCGACCCAGCCUCCACCGAUCUACGCGCAAUUCACCUCUACGAAUGACGAGAAAGCGAAAAAGCCGCGGCCACAGUCGUGCCACCCAUCCAUGCAAGGCGCCGGCCCGCAGUCUCCCACCAAAGGUACGCCCAGGACGCCCCAGGAGCAGGCCAACGCCAGCCCGCCCAGCACGUCUGGCGUCAGGGGCCAUGCGCGUAGCCGGUCGGUCGUGACGGCCGAGCCGGCCAUGGCGCCGAGCGAGAUUGCCACGCAUCUAGAGGCGCUGCUGGACCGGCGCAACAUCCCGCAGAACCAGCGGUACAAGAUGCGCAACCUCAGCGACACCAUCAAGAUGGAGUUUAUCCGGCAGGACUGGGCCGAGAUGAAGGCCGGUCAAACGGGCAGCUUGCCGAGGAGCGACAGCGGCAGCCACACGACCACGGCGGCGGCCGUGGAGUCGGACGCCGAGGACGACGCCAGCAGCAAGCGGGCUCGCGGCCGGAGUCGGGGCCGGAGCUUUACGUUUUCGCGAGGGAAGCGGGAUCGAUCCGCGUCCAAAAAGGCAAAGCCGGAAGGGUCUAUUGGGCGUCGCUUCCGCAGCAAAUCCACAGAGAGCGUCGGACGCGAUCACCCCGCGUCCUCGAGUGGUACCGGCUCCAGUGUGCUCGCCAAGAUCAAGUUCCAGCAAGGGCCGAGCGACUACGUGGCCUAUCUUCGCAAGGUGCAGAAGCCCGAGGUGGUGGAGGUGGGCAAGUUGCACAAGCUGCGUCUGCUGCUUCGCAACGAGACGGUGGCCUGGACGGAAGAGUUUAUCCGCCAAGGUGGCCUCGAGGAGAUUGUCGGUCUGUUGAACCGCAUCAUGGCCGUCGAAUGGAGAGAGGAGCAUGAAGACGCUCUGCUACACGAAAACCUGCUCUGUCUCAAGGCGCUCUCCACGACAGCGCUCGGCAUGGAGUACCUGCACACGGUGCAGGCCGACCUCUUGCCCAAGCUGCUGCACCUCAUCUUCGACCCCGAGAAGAAGGGCCCCAGCGAGUUCACCACGCGCAACAUCAUCACCUCGGUGCUCCUCAUGUACAUGGCCGCCGCCUCGCCCGCGGAGCGCAUCCUGCGCGCCAAAAACGUGCUCGGCCACCUGCGCGACCCGCAGCCCAAGGACGAGGACCAGCCGCUGCCCUUUCUCCUCGGCAUCCACCAGGAGCGGCCCUACCGCGUGUGGUGCAAGGAAGUCGUCUCCGUGACCAAGGAGGUCUUUUGGAUCUUUCUGCACCACAUGAAUGUCGUUGCGCUCCCCCAGGACCACCGCCCCGUUCCGCCCUGCCACGACGACGAUAACAACAACCACAGCAGCAGCAGCGACGGGACCUUUUUCGGCGGCCGCGAUGUCGCGGCGCCGUACGCCUACAUGCACCGCCACUUUGCCGCCGAGCGGCCACCCGUCGCGGCCGCGCCGUACGUCGGCGGCGUCGAGUGGGACGCGACCAACUACCUGGCCUCGCACCUCGACCUCGUCAACGCCAUUGUCGCCUGCUCGGCCACACGCGACGCCCGCAACGCGCUCCGCGCCCAGCUCCGCGUCUCGGGCUGGGAGCGUUGCAUGGGCGGCAGCCUGCGCCUCUGCAAGGAAAAGUUUUACGGGAGCGUCCACGCCGCGCUGCGCACGUGGGUCGCCGCCGCCGCCGAGGACGGCUGGGACGUGCGUGACGUGCGCUUCGGGCCCGAGACACCCAGUCGGCCCGCGUCCCCGCGCAAAGCCCCUGCGGCGGGCAACAAGGCGGAAGAGGCACCGAAGCUCGACAUGCCCCGGUUCGACUUGGGCUUGUGA